GGAAGUGGAGGAGCGCCGUCCAAUCAGCGAGCGCCUCGCCGGGGGGGGGUCGGUGCUUAAAGGGGCCGCGCUGCGCCCGAGGGAGCGAUGUCGAGACCCGGCCACGCCUGGAGCCGCCGGUCGGGGGAGGAAGAGGAGGAGGAGGAGGAGGAAGACCCGCUAGACGCCCGGAUCCAGCGCACGGGCUGCGCGGGGCAGCACCGGGAGCUGCAGGAGUGCAUGGCCGGGCAGCGGGACUGGCGGCUCUGCCAGAGCCAGCUCCGAGCCUUCGGGGACUGCAUGAACCGGCGGCAGCGCCCCCGGGAAUCACCCCCUCCCCGGGAAUCACCCCCUCCCCGGGAAUCACCCCCUCCCCGGGAAUCACCCCCUCCCCGGGAAUCACCCCCCCGGGCCGCCUCCCCACGCCAGGCUCCUCCUUCCCCCCCCCGGGGACUGAAAGCAGCAGCGGCCGCUCCUCCCCGGGCACCAAACUGCCCCGUUUGAGCCUUGUUUUUUAUUCUUUUGGGUGUGUUUUUUUUGCUCCCGUGGGUUCAAUCUCCCUGUGGGGUUGGGAAAUUAAAAGCCCCGAGGGGUGUUGGUGGUCCCA